CGGCCCCGCCCCGGGCCGGGCUCCGCCCUCGGGGCUGGGCGGCAGCGCUGAGUCGAGGCCAGCCGAGCCCAGCUUAGCCUGCCCAUCGCCAGGGCGCAGAGAGCGGGACCGCGGCCCCGGGACAGCGACCAGCAGGUGAAGGAGGCCCUCAGACCGGCACCAUGACAGAGUGCUUUGACUGUGACAACUGCAAGGAGUCCUUGUAUGGACGCAAGUACAUCCAGAUGGACAACGGCCCGUACUGCAUCCCGUGCUAUGACGCCCACUUUGCCAACACCUGCGACGAGUGCAAAGAGCUGAUUGGCCACGACUGCAGGGAGCUGUACUACGAGGAUCGCCAUUACCACGAGCACUGCUUCCGCUGCUUCCGCUGCGACCGCUCCCUGGCCGACGAGCCCUUCACCUGCCAGGGCGAGGAGCUGCUGUGCAACGACUGCUACUGCAGCGAGUUCUCCUCCAAGUGCAUCGCCUGCGAGAAGACUGUCAUGCCAGGGUCACGGAAGCUGGAGUACAACGGACAGACCUGGCACGAGCAUUGCUUCAUAUGCAGCAGCUGCCAGCAGCCCAUUGGGUCACGGUCCUUCAUCCCAGACAAGAAGGAUUAUUACUGUGUGCCCUGUUACGAGAGCAAGUUCGCUCCUCGUUGCACUCGUUGCAAAAAGACCCUGACCAAGGGAGGAGUGACCUACCGGGACGAGCCCUGGCACAAGGAGUGCUUUGUCUGCACAGGCUGCAAGACCCCCUUGGCUGGGCAGCAAUUCACCUCCCAGGAUGACAACCCGUACUGCAUCAAGUGCUUUGGGAACCUCUAUGCCAAGAAGUGCAGUGCCUGCACAAAGCCCAUCACAGGCUUUGGUGGCGGCAAAUAUGUCUCCUUUGAGGACCGUCACUGGCACCACAACUGCUUCAACUGUGCCCGCUGCAGCACCUCGCUGGUGGGGAAAGGCUUCAUCCCUGACAAAGAUGAGAUCCUGUGCCGUGACUGCAGCAGUGACCUAUGAGUCUCCAAGGACACCGCGGGGCAGGGCUUCCUCUGUUCUUCAGGGCCUCUGUGCCAGAUCCCCCAGCAGCAUUUCAGGGGCCAGGCACGAGGCACAGGAGAUUGGGGCUUGGCCCCGAACCGCGGUGUGUUCAGGGGGUUCCUGUGCCCCCUCCCUGAAGGCUAGAGUACGCUAUGCUAUGGCUCUGUGCAGAGUCAAAGCUAAAUAAAAUUGAAAAAGGAGCUUCAAGACCCCCCAUUAGUUACUCUUUCUUUUUGCUUCCAGUCUGACCAGGCACGAGCUGAGCCCAGGGCCCCAGCUGAGUAAAGGGCAGCUUCUGCACUGGGCUGCUGGAUCUGCACGCUGGCAGCACGUCUUUGCCCCCCAGCACGGUGCUGACUUCCCUCUUUUCCCCAUGUGGUUCUCUCGCUCUGUGUGACGUGAGGCAGUGGCUGCAGGGCCGUGCAGCUCAGCUGUGCUGGGUUAGGGGUGUAACCACCACCACCAUAUGCAUGGCUGACCUGGGCAUGAAGGGUCCUCUGCUCCAUUUGGAAGGACUGGGGAUGCCAGGCUGGAGUGUUGCCAGGAGAAGAGCAUGUUUGUCCUGCCAGAUGGGAUCCACCUCUGGAAUUCUAUAGCACCUCA